UCCAAAGUCAAACCAAGACACUCUUUUCAUUCUAUGGAGCAAACCAAGAUGGCAUUGCGUGUAUUUAUAAAGCACAAAUCAUAAGCAGGAUUUACCCUAAACACGCCCAACUAAAAGGAAACAGAAAAGUGUGCUUUGAUCUCCAUAUGUAUACAUGACUCAUCACCUCCAUAUCCAGAGAAUUAGUCACGGCAUCCUGGGCAUCUUCGUUGUCAUCGCCGUUUGUUUGCUGAACAUUGCUGUUGCAGAGUGGCUAAAUCAUGGAGGCGAUCUAAGCAACACGAGAAGCGCUAGGGAGGAGAAGCUGAUCGGCCCCUCCACCGUGGGAAACCUACGGUUGAGAUGGAAGUUCUUUGCUGGGAAGGACAUAUCGGCCACCCCAGCGGUGGCCGAUGCAGUGGUGUACUUCCCCUCAUGGAACGGUAACUUGUACGCAGUGAACGCGUUCAACGGCAGCCUAGUCUGGAAGCAAAACCUGAGUGAGCUGACGGGACUCAAAGGCGUGGGGACUGUAGCGAACGUGACGUUGUCGAGGUCAACCCCGACGAUUGCCAGGAAGCUCUUGAUUGUCCCGAUCUAUGGACCGGGGGUCGUGAUUGCCGUGAACCGAUCAAAUGGGAGGCUAGUCUGGUCGACCCAACUUGAUCCACAUCCUCUGGCUGUUAUUACAACAUCCGGAACGGCUUAUAUGGGGGCAUUUUACGUUGGAGUAUCGUCGACAGAAGAGGGGUUACCUGCAGCCAAAUGUUGCACCUUCAGAGGCAGUUUGGUUAAGCUAAACAUUCUAUCCGGAGAGAUCCUAUGGCAAACCUACACGCUCCCCGAUAACGGCGGGGAACUUGGAGGCUACGCUGGAGCCUCCAUAUGGGGCAGUAGCCCCGCGAUAGACCCCAAGAGGAGGCUCGCUUAUGCAGCCACGGGCAACCUCUACACCGCCCCAGCCAAGGUGCAAGAAUGCCAAGCGAGGCAAAACAAUCAGACGACCCCGCCAACCGCGCCCGACCAAUGCAUCGGGCCUGAUGUGAACUUCAAUUCGAUCAUAGCGUUCGAGACGGAGACAGGAAGGAUCAGGUGGGCACGGCAGUUAGGAGGGUACGACGUGUGGUACGUUGCUUGUUUGGUGCCCAACAGUACUGAUUGUCCAACUGGGCCUAACGUGGAUGCUGAUUUCGGAGAGGCUCCAAUGCUGAUUACGAUCUCCACGAAUGGAACGGAGCGCGACGUUGCAGUCGCGGUACAAAAGAGCGGGUUCGCAUGGGCUGUGGAUCGUGACUCUGGGGAUAUAGUAUGGUUUACACUGGCAGGACCUGGUAGUAUUGAAGGGGGAGGCACAUGGGGCGCGGCCACCGACGGCAAAAGGGUCUACACUAACAUUGCCAAUGGCAAUCGAAACAACUUUACCCUUGCUCCCUCGACCCAAACGACGACGGCAGGCGCGUGGGUCGCCCUGGAUGCGUGUUCUGGAGAAAUACUAUGGUCUACGGCUAACCCGAGCAAUGAAAUUGCACCUGCGCCGGUUUCUGUGGCGAAUGGGAUCAUUUUUGCAGGUUCCGUGGCUCCCGAGGGGCCCGUGUAUGCGAUGGAUGCCGAGACGGGCAAGAUACUGUGGUCCUACAAUUCAGGAGCCACGGUGUACGGAGGGAUAUCGAUAAGUUAUGGGUGCAUUUAUCAUGGGAAUGGGUAUAAGUUGGGCCUAGUAGCACCUCUCCAUCCAACUUGGACUGGAGGGACUGAUCUUUAUGCUUUGUGCGUCAAGUAAGAAACCUAAUAGUUAGUUUCUUGAGUCACAAUCCAUAUGGAAAGAAGUUGGUCGUACAGUAUAUCUUUUGCUCCAUUCUCAAGACAAAAUGUAUUAUUAAGUAUCAAGAAAUAAAAAUGAUUCGU